AUGUUAGGCUCCUGGCGGCAGUUUGCCUACGUCCACCUGCCAAAGGUACCGGCAAGCACUAGUGCUGGCUGUUAUGCUUGUAGCAAAUAUUGUUGGCCUUCGGUUGCGAACCCAUUCCUGGAGGGAAGCAUAGAAAAGAGCUGGCUCUUUGGCAGUCAUCAACCUUAUCCCCUUAUGCACCGGUAUCUGCUGCAUGUAGACCGUCAUAUGCUCGCGUGGUUCUAUCGCUGGGUAGGUCGUAUAUGUGUGCUCCAUUCUCUGCUGCACUGUUCGCUACUCGUUAGCGUCGCCAGAACGACGACCCUUGCAAAUCCACGGAUCUACUCUCGUUCUCGUGAUACCAGUGACUUGCGCGGCGAUCCAACGGCGUCAUAUGCAGUUUGCAAUGAAAUGCCACUACCUUCUUGCGGUAACCGCGAUCUGCGCGCUUAUAUACUACCUCGUGGAGCGACAGUCACUAUAUCGGUGGUAUUUGGUAGGCGCUAUUUGCCUAUGGUUAUCCAUCAGUGCCGUUGUCUGUAUGAUGGCCGUAUGGAACUAGAAGCCUUGGAAAUCUUCCCGAAAUGA